GCUUGUACACUGGCUCCAGCAACCCCCAUCACCCAAUCAGUGCCCCAGCAGAGCUCCUGUCCCCCUCGGCACCCUCCGGCCCAGAACUGUCCCAACGCCACAGACUGGACCGGGACAUGGGCAGCCCGCACCUGUCCCCCCUCACCCCUAUGGAGGGCGCUAGAGAUGGGGUGUCAGGUCCGCUCCUGUCUCCAGGGAUGAAGAGCAACGGGACGCCCCCCUCUCCUCUCGACAAACAGCACGUGCACUCGCACCACAAGCCCUACAGCCACUACGCGCUGCAGCCAGCCAAUGACGAGUACCAGGCCAGUUUCCAGAGCUGCUUCCAUUUUGGAGACUCCUACAGGAUGGAUCAGGCAGUCGGUGGUGUCCACAUCCCUGGAGAUUCCCACAGCUACAGUUCCCAUCAGCACAAUGGCUUCCACAUGUCAACGGGCAACACAGGCAUAGGCUUUAAUAUGAGCCAGGAGCUCCAUGGAGGAGGAGGAUGCCAGUUCUCCUCGGGCCCAGAUGAGAGCAUCUUCUUCCAGGUGGGCAGCUUCGACCGCAGCCUGAACCACAUGCCCUCUGUCUACACAGAGACAUGAGGCACUGGGGCAGAGGACUCUAUACUCACAAUGUAGCAUUAACUCAAGUACUCAAUAUG